GCCGGCCGGUAGUUAUCAGAUGCCUUUGGUUUUGUAACUGUAAAAUAUAUUAAAAUACCCGAAUCAAGCGAAAAUGAUGCGUUACGAGGGCAACGAGAGGCUGGCGGAUGAGACAGCAUGUGCGGGAGUGCGUGCGGACCUGAAGAUGUGCCUGCUGGAGAGCGAGUGCUGCCGAAUGGGCAAAACCCCGCGCCAGUGCCUCCAGGACAACAACGUGCCACCAGAGUGCCAGGUGCUCCGCAACACCUUCUACGAGUGCAAGCGCUCCCUGUUGGACAACCGACAGCGCUUUCGCGGUCGCAAAGGCUACUGAAGUUUUAACUUAAAUUAUAUUUCUAAGCGCUUAAAAUACAAACAAUUACACACAUAAA